AUGGCCGCAACGGCUACUCGUCACCGUUGCCUCAAUGGCCAUCCGUGGUCGUCUCCCUUUAAGGUCUUCUUACCCUAUGCUACCUCCUGGACCUCCACUUCAAUUUCAACCCGGUCCUUUGCCACCACGAGCGACGAACUUCCCACCACCAAACCUCGGAUCAGAACCACUACCUUCGCUGACAAACUCAACAACGGGCCAGCAUUUUCCGACUUUGUUUCUGGAAACGAGCCUCCUUUAGAUCCUUCGGAGGCCUACGCUCUGAAAACUGCCCUGGUUGGGCCAGAGGGAAAGAAGAAAGUCAUCACCCGGCUACCGCCAUGGCUGAAAACUCCGAUCCCGGACAGUUCGUCGUAUAAAAAAAUCAAGAAUGAUCUACGAGGGUUGAACUUGCACACCGUAUGCGAAGAGGCGCGAUGCCCGAAUAUUUCCGACUGUUGGGGCGGGAGCAGCAAGUCGGCUGCGACAGCGACAAUCAUGCUCAUGGGCGACACGUGUACGCGAGGCUGUCGAUUUUGCAGCGUGGCUACAUCCAAGAAUCCAGCGCCCUUGGACCCUCAUGAGCCGGAACAUACAGCCGAGGCCCUGUCGCGAUGGGGGUUGGGAUACGUGGUUCUGACGAGCGUGGAUCGCGAUGACUUGGCAGACGGCGGUGCUCACCAUUUUGCCGAGACUGUCCGCAAGAUCAAAUCAAAGGCCCCGGCGAUUUUGGUCGAGUGUCUUACCAGUGAUUACGCUGGCGAUCUGGAGAUGGUGAAAGUCGUCGCCACCUCAGGAUUGGACGUGUACGCGCACAACAUCGAGACCGUCGAGGCCCUGACCCCUCAAGUCCGUGACCGCCGUGCAUCGUUCCGCCAGUCUCUCAGCGUGUUGAAGGCCGCCAAGGAAGCGAAGCCAGGUCUUAUCACCAAGACAUCCAUCAUGCUGGGACUGGGCGAGACGGAAGAACAGAUCUGGGCCGCUCUGCGUGAACUGCGCGCCGUCGACGUGGAUGUCGUGACCUUUGGCCAAUACAUGCGGCCGACGAAGCGACAUAUGCCUGUACAUGACUACGUGACACCUGACGUGUUUGAGCAGUGGAGAGUCCGGUCUCUCGAGAUGGGAUUCCUGUACGUCGCCAGUGGCCCCUUGGUCCGGAGCAGUUACAAAGCUGGUGAAGCGUUCAUCGAGAACGUGUUGAAGAAGAGACGAGCAGGACGAGCUGAGACGGCCAGUGCUGAUAUUGCGGGCGAGAUCCGGGCCACAGCCUUGGGGUCCGGAAAGACGUAA